ACUUGACCCCUUCUCUUUCUCCUCUUCCUCCUCCUUCUUUUUUCUUCUCCUUCUCUUCUCAACUUGACCCCCUUUAUAUAUAUAUCUCUCUUUUACCUCUUUCUUUAUUUAUUUAUUUUAAUAAAGAAAAUAUAUUGACCUUUGGUUGCCUUGACUACAAGACUUUAAAUCAUUAAACUUUCUUUUAUAUUUUACUCACCCUUUAUAUAUAUAAAUAUAUAACCAUAUAUUAUAUUGUUUUCUUACAAUUCCAGUGAUUAAUUUUUCAAUUCAUUCAUUCAUUUAUCAUAUAUUUAUUUCUGCUUUCUUUAAAUUUAUAAAAUAAAAUAAAAAAGAAGGACAAAAAAAAUGUCAAUCUCCUUUGAAUAUUUCGACCCAGAGACCGAAUUGGGGACACUGGAUGAAAACGGCCGACCAACCAGACCACGUAAAAAGCCCGGACGGAAGCCCAAUCCACCAUCGCCUGCCCAACGUAAAGCCCAAAACCGAGCAGCCCAGCGCGCCUUUCGAGAACGCAAACACCGGGAGAUCAAAGACGCAGAGGCGACCAUCAAACGAUGUGCACAGGCCCGCGACGAAGCGCUGCGGGAAACCAGACGCCUGAAAAGAAAAACAAAGGCGCUUUUGUACGAACUCAAUUACCUCAAGGGGAUCAUCCUGACCUUUAAAAUCAUCUGUCUGGCUAACAACAUCGAUGUACCAAAAAUAGGAUGUACAGGCCAGACAGACGAAUUUGGAACCGAGAUUCUCUGUUUCUCAAAAACUCCCGAUAUCCCACAGGCGCUUGAGCUCUACCUUGACGACAAAGGACACAUCAUCAGUUUCCCAACAGACGAGUUUUCACUAUAUCAACCAACAGCAACGACGAUGACGGCUACGACAGCUACAGAAACGACAGCUACAACGGCGACAAUGAGUCCAGACUGUAAUCUUACUAGAGGCUUCAAUUCUGUAUCUAGUCCAAGCUCACGUACCUGUAGUAGUAGUAGUCGCAGUGAAUCGAAUCCUCAUGAUGACACAGCAACAAUGACGGCAGCUAGUAUCAUAAGUACACCCAAACUAUGUUUUGAUCUCAAUAGCAUCGGUGAAUUACACAACCAAUUUCAAAGUCAAGCAUAUGAAAACCAGCAUCAAUACCCACACCCACAUCAACAUCAAUAUGAAUAUCAACAGCAUCUACAAGAACAACAUAAACAGCAUAAUCAACAGCAUAAUCAGCAACAAUAUCCACAAUAUCCACAACAGCAAGACCAAGACCAAGACCAAGAUCAAGACCAAGAACAGCAUAAUCAUCAGCCACUACUGACAGUACAACAAUUCCCACAUCUAACCGGGCCCUCCUUUCUGCAGCGACUCCUUGAAGCUGACAUAAUCCAGGACCCUAACUACCUCACGACUUUCCAUGAUUCGUUUAGUGGGUUCUAUCCCGAGGCAGACUUUGAUGAAUAUUUUGGCCAGCAACUGUUUGGAUCCGAUAUGGUUAUUGAAGGCGAAGGCGAAGGCGAGUGUGAAAAUGACGGUGGUGAAAAGAUUGGCGAAGGAGAUGGUGAUGAAUUGCCCGAAAUUGAUGCAAGGACUGGUUUGCCUCGCAUUACAACCGAGCCUACCCCAGAUCCACCUGUUUUUCAUGGAAAGAAAAUGCUUCCGCCAAUGACACCUAUGCAGGCAUUAGACUACCUGCGUGUACAAAAAAAUAUUGACAAGGGCGGGCGUACCUUGUUUACUCCUAAGUUGCAGCGUACGAUUCCUCAUGAUACACGUAUUGAUCUGGUUCCAGGAUCAGAGAUGAGAGAUCACAUGAUUAUGUUUCAAGACUAUUACGAUGCCAACGAACUGUUUGAUUAUCUUGUCGAGUCAGCAAUGUUCCUUGGUGGAGAGAUGGGUAAUCCGGACUGCUGGUUUGUCUCUCCGCAGUUCCUAGGACAAUACUGGUUCCUUUGUCCCAACCACACACCUCAAAGGAUGGACAAUGCAGUCGAGAUUAUGAGGAUGUUAGGACAACGGAUGAUGUCUAUGAUGAUGGAACGUAAAGAGAUGUUGAUGAGUCCACAUUGUAAGAAUGGACUCAAUACACCAAGAACCACGCCAACAACAACAGCAGCAGCAGUAAGGUCAACAAUAUUAAAACCAACAGCAACAAUGUCAACGUCAAGGACAGCGAGGAUGAGUCGAUAAAUUGAUAAGGAAAAGAUGAAGUAUAUAUAUAUAUAUUCUAAAUCAUCAUUUUCAGUAAAUAAAAUAAAAUAAAAUAAAAUAAAGAUUGUUUAAAUUAAUUAUUAUUGUUAUAGUAAAAAUAAUAUACGUAUAUAUAUAUAUAUAUAUAUCUUGGUACUAUC